AUGUCUAAACUACAGCUGCUUAAUGUGCUUCUUAAAGAAAAAUGUACCUCCGUUCCUUUGGAGAUAUCCGUGGCAGUCGAAAAAACGAUAUCUGAGUUUCAAGAAGAAAUCUCUCGUUUGAAGCAGGCGAAUGCACGUCUACGAAAACUGCUGGAUUUGGUUUUUAAACCAGAGAUAAAGUUGCAUAGAUUAGCAGGUUUGUGACUAGGUCUUUCUAUUUGUCAUUCAUUAUACAUUGUAGCCUAAUUGUCGUCAUUUACAUUUUAAAUAUAGAUCUUAAAUGACCGCGUUAUUCAUGAAUUUGAUGAUAUUUUGAAGCCUAUUCAAAACAGUGUGGUACUGGAUACCGGAAGUAAAGAAGAAAUGGCAGUCACUGUCCCUAUUUCUAGUGGCAGUCACUAGACCUAUUUCUUGUCUCUUUUCAGCAUUUACAUUUUAAUCAAAUGUCAUCCUUUCUCAUUCCCUCCAGUCCUCCAGCAGCUCACUCUCACUGAAGAGGUUGUUAACCCAGAGCAGCAGCACUGUGAGCAGGAAUGGAGCCCCGGUCUGGGGCCAGUGGAGUCUGAUGCCGAAGAGUCUAUAUGGGACUCUUUCAACAUCAUAACUGAAGAGAACCAAACAGAAUCUGAUGGCGAGAGCUACGGUGAGUCCGAAUCAACCAGUGAUUAUGAGCCCCCCUCUGAAGUAAAUGCAGACAGUGACAACAGUGGAAGUCAUAAUGGAAAAGUGGAUGGAGUGGAGAAGAGAGUAUCACUGUCAGGGUUAAAGCCUCUUAAUUCAAAGAGAGGACGAGGACGGCCAAGGAAAGAAACCAGUGAGUUGCCUGAUCUGAUAUGUGAC